AUGCCCCCACCCCUACUGCCCCGGCAUUUUACUAACACUGUCAGCCCUAACGGCAUGCAAACUAAUAGUAAAGCAUGGUGGCCGGCACCGGGAGGAAAGGGAUAUGCCAUUGAAAACACCGUGGGUUUGGAAGACUACGUGAAUGGCGAUUAUAUACCGCGAUAUCAAUCGCGACAACUACCGGCCCGCGUGUUACUCACGUUAACGGGGGUCAGGUAUGCCAUCUCAGCCAUUAUUAACACGCCAUAUACGAGAGCUCUGUUAUGCGACGGAAACUACAUGUUAGGUAACCCGAGACUCACAUCCCUAAUGAUGAGUGUCGCGGCGUUUUGCAUACUAUUCAUCGCUAUUAACUUCCAAUGGCUUCAAAAUAGGCGUCAAUUAUAUAUUUGUAAUUUUGGGGUCGAUUUACGUCGCCAUCAGGUGUCGCCGCCAUUGAGUCGACUAAAUUAUUAA